AUCUCUGUCGAGCUCCUAUGCUAGUGUGCCACAGGUGUCCUGAGUUCUGCUGACGGUUCACUGACUACCAUGAAGGGGAUCUUAGUGCUGUGUGGUCUUCUGUUGCCAGUGUGCUGCCAAGGCCGAGGGCUCGCUUCCCUCGACUCGGUUGAAGCUUGUAACCACGGUGUGACCAGUAACUUGAGCCAAGCGUACCUGCGAAGUCCCCGUUACGACAUUGACCCCGAAGCAGCACCCUUGCAGAGGCGGUGCUCUUGGACAAUCGUAUCCACAAAACCCGAAAAGGUGGUGAAAUUAUCUAGCGAGUUUUUCGUGCUCAGCUGCAAGAAUAACUACACUCUGGACGUGUAUGACGGAGUGAACAGCACGGCACAGCCCAUUGGCAGAUUCUGCGGUGGGGCCUUUCCUUCUGACGUGGUUUCAUCGGGCCCGGCGUUGCACGUAGAGUUUGAGUACGAAUACCUGACGUCUCACCAGGGCUUCAUGCUCUUCUUCAGCGUGGAGCUUCCGGACGUGGAGUGUCCUUCCGAGCUACUGACUUGUCGCAAUCGAAAGCAUUGCUUCAAGAAAGAGUCGCAGUGUGACGGGAUCGAUGACUGUCAAGAUGGCACGGACGAGGAAGACUGCGAUAAGCCAAAGGACGCACCAGAAACCAAGUGUGGUCUACGUCCUUCCACGCCUCCGGUGGACCGUAUUGUCGGAGGCCAAGUUGCCAGACCUGGUUCCUGGCCAUGGAUCGCAAUGCUGAGGGUUCCAGAGACCGAGCCGUACGGCUUCCAAUGCGCUGCAACCCUUAUCGCACCGGAGUGGCUCGUUACGGCGGCACAUUGUUUCAGAGACUUCAGGGACUCAGAGGACUGGUCUGUGAGCCUUAACCGGUACGGUAGUUUGCUGCAAGAGGAUGACGCAGUCGUCAGAUACGUACGCAAGAUCAUUGUUCAUCCAGACUACAAUGGGUUCAAGCCCUGGAAUCACACGACACCAUGGCUCUGGCGAAAGCAGCACGAUCUCGCAUUGGUCCAGAUGAACGCUCCUGUCAACACAUCAGAGUUUGUCCGAACCAUAUGUCUUCCGAAACCCGAUUUCGACCCAACGGCGGGACUGAGUUGUAUGGCGGCUGGGUGGGGCGUCACACUGAACGACGAGGAAAGCAGGGAAUUCCUACGCGAAGUCGCUCUUCCUGUGAUCACCCGGGACGUCUGCCAGGAACAGCUUCCGGAAUAUACCAUCGCAGAGAGCAUGAUCUGUGCAGGGCACGAAGAUGGUGGACGCGAUACCUGCUCUGGUGACAGCGGAGGUCCUCUGAUGUACGAGGCAGAAGAGGGUUGGACUUUAGCCGGUGUCGUGUCGACGGGGAGUGGUUGUGCGCACGCCAAGAAGCCAGGCGUUCUCUCUUCUAUUGCCUACUACGUACCUUGGAUACUGGAAGUCGUUGAAGGGGGCGUUACUGCCAAUACCGUGUAGAGCGGACGAUAUAUCAGAGCCAACAUUUUGCUCCAAGCAACGGGCAGUCAAAACAGAAAAUUAAGACUGGCCGCAGCGCAUUCUGCCAAGCGCGUUUAUCUCCUUGCGGGGUCCUACUUAUCUUCUUCUUAUCACGUUGUAUAAUACCGUCCAUCUUCCGAUCUUAAUUGAUCUUCAGGCACCGGCUCUCGUUUCGGUGCCAUUGUAACUUCUUCCGUCUUCUGCUUCUCCCUCUACAACUGUGUUACGUACGGACAACACGACUUCACGUGUUGGUGAGCCCUAUGAAGCCUUCAGGAGUAUAUUAUACGUAAAUUAUUUAUUAUUGUCUACCGAUCUGAAACAUUUAGCAUAUUUAUGCAAUUUCUAUAGACAGUCCCUGUUUUAUGUAAUAUAGGAAUAACGACGAAGAAACCCAGAUUACUAUUGUGAUACGGAGAAAUCAAAUUAUCUCCGCUAUGUGAUAUCUCGAAUAAAAUGUGGCAAAACUCGA